AAGAAUAGACCAAGCCUUUCUAAAAUGGCUGAAUCAGCAUCGAUUAUUGAUGGAGUUGGAGAUGAAGUUCUUCUUUUUGGAGUAUUAUUAUGUAUAGUUACCCUUUUGCUAUGUUUAUGGCUGCUCAGGAGAGGUAGUAGAAGAAAUGAGGAGCCUGAUUUUAGGCAAGGUGGUGAAGUUGAAAUGGAUCAAGUUUCUGAUCAGGCUAAUGAAGUUAGGUCUAAUAAUCUUCGGCAAAGGUCAUCUUUGACAGAAACUACAAUAACACUUCGCUUAGUGACUCAGGAGAGAACUCGUAUGGUAUAUGUUCCUGAAAACUCAACCCUUGAAGAUUUGAAAAGGAGAUACUUUAAUGAUGAAAGCCUUGCUGGAGAUACCAUUUACUUCAUUUAUCAAGGAAGAAUGCUACAGGAUACAAGUGGUACCUUAAUAGAAUUAGGAAUUAGUGAUCAAACAUCAGUUCAUGUUCACAUCAGACGAGGGACUUCAGGACAAGCAAGACUAGACCAAGACAGACCACAUGAACAAUGUGACAUUUCAAUAUUAUUUUUUCCCUUAUUUAGUGUUAUUUUACUACUCUGUUGGGCUGGUCUUUUAUAUUGGCCUCAAGCCUUCACUCUCUUUCCAAAGUUAAUGCUUUUUGUACUCUCUGUUAGUUUUGCAUAUUUAUAUUAUAGAUCUCGUUUGUCAUAAGUAUGUUUUUAGUAAAACAACUAAAUAAAACUACAACAAAACAAAA